AUUAGCCUAGCUACACGGCUUAGGAAGUAGACUCCUUUUAAACUUUUUUAUUUCGUGUUGCAAAUAAUGUUGAAAACCUCUCUUACGUCAAAUGAUUCACCAGGUUUCCAGGGUGUUGCACUUUGAUGCGAGUCCUAUCGUUCACGAUUCACACCAACCAAUCACGGAUGCUUCCGUAUGUAUUGUGCGGUUUUGGUUAUAGUUGUUAUGGUAACGUUUCAUUUGUUUAGGUCUCUAGCCUUACAGGUCGCGUCGCAAAUAGCGGUAGCUAAAUUACGUGUUACUUAUUAAAUUCAAUUUUAUGUCUUGUGUUUGCGAGCAAGUAAAUUAAAUGGAUUCGAAUACAUUAUACUACUCAUUGGAUUUGGCAUCGGGCCACGGUUUAAGGUUGAGCAAUGAGCAGAAGGCUGCUUUGCAGACGUCCUUAGUAAUUCUACAAAGAAACUACCGAUUUAGUCGUGUGCUAUUGUGGGGCAAGAUUUUUGGUGUAAGGGGCGAUUAUUUUAUCGCACAGGGUGUUACAGAAGAUGAGCUUAAAGACAAAAAGGCAUUGUACAGCUUAAACUGCAUUGACUGGCACCUGCUUCCCCUCCCCACACCAGUCUUGCUGGCAGAAGUAGCAGCAGUGGCGAAGGGGCGUUUCGUAGGGGACCCCUCCUUUGAGUAUGAGCUCACAGAGACGCGGCAGCAGGGGGAGGGGGAUGAGGCCGUCAAGGAGGAGUUCACGAUGAAAGUGACUGAAGAGAAGAGGCUGGCAGCCACAGUGUUCAACAUUGAAAAGGACGUAUCUGUGGUGCCACGGGGUGCUUUCAUCAGGACCCCCCAUGACACAGUGCAGGUCAACCACAGCUUCCAAGGGCUGUCCACUUUGGAAGCUCGGAAUCUUGGCAACUACCUGCACUUCACUGAGCCGCAACAACUGAAGAAGAAAUCAAUUCUGGAGAUGGCUGACCUGGACCCCUCCAUUGACUUCUUGGACCCCCUGAGUGAGGACAUCCUGAAAGGGUCUUGGAGCCUGCAGAUGGAGGGCAGCAGUAUGUGUGUGUUGCGCAGUCUGCUGUGGCUGGGGCUGACCUUUUUCCAUGUUCCUGCUACCCCUCAACAUGGCUACAUCUACAUGGGUGAUGGGCUGAAAAAUCUGGACCUGCCCUUCAUGCUGUAGCAGGUUUCCUUACAUAAUCCAAAUUCUGGACUUAGCUUUCAUGCUGCAGCAUGUUUCCUUUCAUAAUAAAAAAUGUACAUGCACUUUA